AUGUGGUGGCGGCUCGGCUCAGGGGCCCUGUGGCGGCUUGGUAACCGGGUGAAUUUACUUGGGUUGGAGUGGUUUGAACCACUCGGUAUAGCACUUACUGGAGUGAAUGUAGUAUCGGAAAAUAAAUGGGCUGUACUAUAUAAUGAAUUUCCUGAUGUGUUCGGGGGCGGUCUGGGAAAGUACAAAGGGCCCCCUGUGUCUUUUGAGCUCGAUCCAUCUGUGACACCUAUACGGUUGAAGUAUAGGAAGGUGCCAAUCCCGCUUAAACCACGGAUCGAAGCCGAGCUGGACAAGCUCAUAGCCCAAGGAGUAUUGGAGCCAGUCCCAUUUAGGGGGAAAGUGUUUGCAAAGUUCGACCUCGCCCAAGCUUACCAACAGCUGCCUGUGACCAGGGAGGCGGCUGAGGCGCAGACAAUCGUCACCCACAGAGGGGCUUUUCGAGUGAACCGACUCCAGAUCGACGAACAUGGUGUCCACCCCACAGAGGACAAGGUGAGGGCAAUUAAGGAUGCCCCAUGUCCAGGGAACAAAAAGGAGCUCCAAGCAUUCCUUGGACUCCUCAAUUUUUACCACGCCUUCCUCCCCCACAAGGCGUCGGUAGCGGCCCCACUACAUGCCCUCCUGCACAAGGAGGCGAAAUGGCGGUGGGGGUCAGAUCAGGAACGGGCGUUCAAAGGAGUCAAGGCAUUACUGGUGUCCAAUGCAGUGUUGACUCACUACGAUGAUAAUAAAAUGUUGGUGUUGGCUGCGGAUGCAUCUCCUUAUGGGGUGGGGGCGGUGCUCAGCCACUUGAUGCCAAACGGCGAGGAAGCUCCCGUAGCAUUUUAUUCCCGCUCACUGUCAAGCGCGGAGAAGGGGUACGCCCAGAUCGACAAGGAGGGACUGGCGCUUGUUGCAGCAGUUAAAAAGUUUCAUGACUUUUUGUAUGGUCGGAAGUUUCUCCUUGUCACCGACCACAAGCCCCUGUUGGGAAUCUUUGCCCCGGACCGGCAACUUCCCAACAUCAUGUCAGCGCGGAUGCUGAGGUGGGCUCUGUUCCUGUCCGCCUACGAUUACGACCUGGAACAUCGGCCGGGUAAGGCGAUUGGUCACGCGGACGCUUUGAGUCGCUGCCCUCUGCCCGGCCUGGACUCAGACCCAGCUCCAGCUAACGAGGUGUUAGCGAUUGAUGAACUGUCCCAGGCUCCGAUCACCUCUAAGGACAUUGCGGCUGCGUCCGCUAAAGACAUUGUGAUCUCCAGAGUUUUGAACUGGGUUUGGAGGGGGUGGCCUGUGGGCUCCGUGGAGCCAGAAUUUGCGUGUUACAAAAUGCGUCAAAACGAGCUGUCUGUGUCAAAGGGAUGUCUUUUGUGGGGAAGCCGGGUGGUGGUCCCUCACAAACUCAGGGAAAAAGUGCUGAAAUCACUUCACGAGGGCCAUCCCGGCAUGGUCCAUAUGAAGGCGCUAGCUCGCGGGUACGUGUGGUGGCCCAGGCUAGACGCCGACAUUGAAGAGUGGGUUCGGGUGUGUGAGCCUUGUCAGCAGGCUAGGCCUGAACCACCAACCGCCACUCCUCAGAGAUGGGAGUCGGCGGGAAAGCCCUGGUCGAGAUUGCACCUCGACUUCGCAGGGCCAGUACAAGGGCAAAUGUUUUUGGUAAUUGUAGACGCUUAUACCAAAUGGUUAGAAGUGGCUCACAUGCGAUCGACCACUUCUAGCGCUGUCGUCACAGUGCUGCGACAGUUGUUUGCCACUCACGGGUUGCCUGACGUACUCGUGAGUGACAACGGCGCACAAUUUACUUCCGAGGAGUUCAGGAGGUUCUUGUCUGAUAACGGGAUCAGGCAAAUGACGGCCGCGCCGUUUCACCCGGCCUCAAACGGGCAGGCCGAGAGAAUGGUGAGAACAACUAAAGAAGCCCUUGCAAAGCUGGUAUGUGGUGAUUGGGGGGUGAAACUAGCUUCGUUUCUCCUGAGACAACAUGUUACCCCUUGUUCGGCGACAGGCCGCAGCCCGGCCGAGAUGUUAAUGGGUCGCCGUUUAGCAACGCUAUUAGACAGGUUGCAUCCAGAUCUGAACGAUCUGAAACCACAACCACAGACCGAGAGUCCGAAGGUCCGGACGUACGAAAAGGGUGAGCAAGUGUAUGCUCGUAACUAUGCCAGUGGUCACUCGUGGCUUCCAGCCACUGUCACCGAUGUUAUCGGUACUAGAAUGGUCAUGGCUGUUGCUCCGGGACACCUCGAGGUCAUCGACCCCACACACCCUGAGUUCUGGGAAUCGUGGGUAGACCAGCUUACCUGCUUCUUCACCUACCAUGAGGUCACCGAUGCUGGCAAGAAACGGGUGCUACUCCUCAGCACAUGUGGGGUGGCCACCAUUCGGCUCGCCAAAAGCCUCCUGGCACCCAAAACACUCCUGAAAAAUACCUACAACGAGAUCGUUGCAGCCUUAACAAGGAACUACGCACCAAAGCCCACAACGAUGGCCAAGCACAUGGACUUCCAAGUGCGCCUCCAAAAGCUCAGUGAGACAGCUGCCGCUUUCAUGGCUGACCUCCACCAACACGCAAUGAAUUGUGGAUUCACGAUGGUGAAAGAGAACAUCCUGACACAAUUCGUAUGGGGUCUAAAGGACGUGAAACUCGGUCACAAACUGGUAGGCACCGCUGACCUCAAGAUAGAUGGAGCCCUCCAGAUGGCCACUGCAUACGAGGGCUCACACCAGGACCAUCCUCCAUCUUCAUUGCACCAUGUGUUACCUGCUGCGACGUCCGACAACUCAGAUGAAGAUGAGGUCCUACAAGUUUGCCAACCCAGCCAUCGGAAGCCCCAACCCCAGGCCGGGGCCACCGUUCCUCAAGGAACACAAGCCUCCCAAGCGUCCUGUGCCAGCUACGGGGACUCACACGAGCGCAAAACAUGCUGCUUCCGUGAUGCCGUCUGCUGA